AUGCUCCGCUUGCCUCUCAGAGCUACUGGUGGUCUGGGGGCUGCGAAUCUUAUCUGAUUUUCCAGAGAGGGGUUUGGAGCUGGACGAAGAGGCAGGGACAAUAACAGGAAGCAGCCAGAGGAACUGCUGGGCAGGGCAGAUCACUUUUGCCACUGGAGUGGCCUGAUUGUCCAGUGAGCAGCUCUGCGGGAGCUCAGACAGGUUCACAUGCAGCUGGAAACAGACACCACUGACCUGAGACUGAAGAGGAUAUAAUACGACUCAUUUACUGAAGGGAUUUUGGAAUCAAGGAAGACUGUUGAAGGGACCAAAACUCUGAUGAUGAAACCGACUGCCUGCAGGCAGAUGACUGAGUCUGGCUUCUGGGCAGGUGUCCUGGUUGUUUUAUGUACCCUCAGCGUGGGAGCUGAUGUCCACCAAGCUCUGAAAAUGCCAUCCAUGCCGAGCAGAGUGCUUCAAAGACAUAAGAGAGCCUGGAAAUGGGAUAAACUUUAUGUUAAUGAGGAAAUGCCUCCAAAAAACCCACCUGAAAAAAUUGGAAAGCUAGAUAAUACAUUUUUCGAUGCAUCUGCAAGAUAUAUUCUCUCAGGAGAAGGUGCUAAUAACAUUUUUACUGUAAAUGACAAUGGGGAUAUCAUGGUCAAUGCAAAGUUGGACCGGGAGAAGAAAAGUGUCUACAAUCUGUCAGCUUCACUCAUCCACAAUACAAACAAAAAACAGCUUGACGAAGAUGAGACAUUUAUAAUAGUGGUCAUGGAUAUUAAUGACAAUAGCCCUGUGUUUCCACCUGACAUCUCUGGAUCCAUCAGUGAAUCUUCUAAUGCAGGAUCUAUAGUAAUGACAGUUACAGCAACUGAUGCUGAUGAUCGCAGCACUCAGAAUGGAAUGAUUGGGUACAAACUUCUAAAUGGGACAGAUCUCUUCACCAUCAACAAUGAAGGAAAAAUCAGAACAUUGACAAGCAGUCUUAACCGAGAGAAACAGAGUCAGUAUCUAAUUGCUAUACAAGCCAAAGACAUGCCAGACGUUAGUAAUACUGGGAAUUCUGCUACUACUAUUGUGACUAUCAACAUUAAUGAUGUAAAUGACAACAUGGCCACCUUCAAAAAAGGAGAAUACCAAUUUGAUAUAAAAGAAGACAGCAAACCCGGAUAUGAAAUUGGCAAAUUAGAAGUGGAGGACAAAGAUGAGAUACAAAACAAAGAUCCAUCUUUUACUAUACAACAUAAAUUUGAUGAAGUGUUUGGCAUUAAACUAAAUAAUGUGAAAGAUGGAAUUCUUAGCCUCAAAGUGCCUCUCGACUAUGAAACGGAGAAGGUGCACAAGUUUAGUGUAAAUGUGUUAGAGCACAGUGUGUCUAAAUCACCGGAUAACCAAGGACCCAACUUGCAAACGAGAGCCCAAGUUUUCAUCAAUGUAAUUGAUGUUGACGAACCACCUGUUUUCAACCAAACUGAAUACGAGUUCAGCAAGGACGAGGGCCCGUUCAACAAUCCAAUCAUUGGAGCUGUUUCAGCAAAGGAUCCAGAUAAAAAUGGUUACAAAAUACGGUACUCUAUUGAAGACUCAAACUGUCCUGUAGCUGUGGAUCCUGUACAAGGACAUCUGUCCUUAAAGAAGCAACUGGACAGAGAGGACAAAUCCUCCUACGCUUUCUGGGUUAUAGCACAGGAGGAUGUCCCAAAUGGUCUAAAGUCCUCUGCGCAGGUUAAUCUGAAGGUUCGUGACAUUAAUGACAACGCACCAGAACUAACUAAUGGGAGCUCCGUGUAUGUUUGUGAGAGUGAUAAACCUGGAACAAUCAUUGGGACUGUUGGUGCCUCUGACAAAGAUGAAAAUUCAGGCAGGUUCCGUUUCACUCUGGCAAAAAAGAGCUUGAACUUUUCCCUUUAUGAUAAAGGAGAUAACACUGCGAGCAUUAUACUGAAGCAAGGCGGUUUGAGUACAAAGCACUCAGUGGAACAUGUGCUGGAAAUCGAAAUCACUGAUGGAGAACAGAAGAGCAUUAACCCCCUCCAGAUUAAAGUGUGCACGUGCCAGACAGGUAGACGGGUGGAGUACUGUAUGGCCUACGCCCAGACCGGAAUGAGCGUCAGCGCCCUCUUAGCCAUUCUUCUCUGCAUCGUCACCAUCCUGGUCAUCGUCAUCCUCAUUGUGUUGCGGAAGCGCUAUCAGAAGGAAGUUUUGGUUACCAAGUCUUCUGGCGAGAUCCACGAGCAGCUGGUGAGAUAUGACGAGGAAGGCGGUGGAGAAAUGGACACAAACGGUUAUGACGUCUCUGUCCUGUCCUCUGCUUGUCACGACAGCAGCUUUCGGCCUGGCACAGGGCCUUCGCUGUAUGCUGUGGUGAAGAAACCCUCUGCUUGUAAGGGUGACAUGGCCAUGAUGAUCGAUGUGAAGAAGGAUGAGGCCGACCAUGACCGGGAUGGGAUUCCCUACGAUACUUUACACAUCUAUGGCUAUGAGGGAUCUGAAUCCCUGGCCGGUUCCGUCAGCUCUUUGGACUCAUCAUCCAGUGGGUCCAAUCUGGACUACGACUUCUUGCAUGAGUGGGGACCUCGUUUCAGGACCCUGGCUCAGCUCUAUGGAGUAGACGGCUCGGACUCUGAUAGCUCCGAUUGAUCCUACUGAAGGCCUGGGUUAUCAGGUAGCCAUCGUCCUAGGAGGACACAUCAGCACGAUGGAGACUGCUGUCUUCUCUUCAUGGGACUUUUUUUAAGGGUCCCUUUAAGAAAGGGAUAAACAAGUGCCAAUACUUGUUUCUUUCUUGAAUUGUUAUGACAUUAUGAUGAGCACUCCUGUAUUUGUAAUUUUCAUAGAAUAAGUGUAUGUUAGUAGAAAAAUUUGCCUUGGGGUUUUCAGACUGGUUUUGUCCAGGUGGGUUUUGUAUAAAACAGCAUUGGACACUGGUUAGACGAACUCUCUGGUUUAUCCUUACAGCAAAUCUGAUUUAAUCUUUGUUCAUUUUGUGAAGGAUUUUUUUUGUGUGUGUGUGUAUAUUGUAUUACUCAGCACAGUCUAAUAAGAAAACAUAAUUAGUUUACGUUUUGGCAACUUGGUGGUAAAUUCUUAUGAAUUUAAUAUUUUUACAUUGUUUUUCACAUCUUGUUUUCCUAUAAAAAUCCUCAGUUUGGCAGUUUAUGAUUAUUAUUAUUAUUUAAUGUAUACAAGUGUUUUCUGGACUAAAAAAAACUGGAUAGUCAGUGUAUUUGCAGAGCCAGCAUUGUUCAGCAGACUCUUCUCAUCAGGAAAACUACUGUAUUGCCAUGGGAGCAACAAAGGAAGUGGUGCUAACUAUACUUUGAAAGAAUUAAAGGCUACUCCAAGUUUAUUUGACAGGAAUCAUCAGCACAUCUAUUGUUAUGAGUAAAGCCCAAAUCUCAAAGGUCCACUAUUAUAAGGCAAUUGCAGACGUCUCAGGAAACAUGCAGUGAGUUGUAUGCAUGUUGAAAUGUGAGAAGUGGUCUGAAUAACUGUAUUAUCUAGUGAAUAAUAAGUGUGGCUAUAUAUUUAACAGCGUCAUGUAAAUUAUUAAAUAUUUUGAUGAUAGUUAAAACCAAAAUAUGUAGCAGGCCAGCCAGUGUUUUGACAAUAUUGUUCGUCUUUCAUUCAAGACUAAAUAGACAAGAGGAUCUCCUUUCAUUGAAAAAUUUGUAAACCGUCUUUAUACCUUAAAUAUUUACCUCUGUGCACAAACUCUACCCUGUUUCCCGCAUUAACCAUGGGCACAAUAUGAGGAAGCCACCUUCUCCUUUUCCUGUAGGGAAUUACACGCCAAGCACUCUUCUCCUGUCUCGUUUAACAUGAGCAGCUCCGUCACUGAAAUGUCAACUUCCUGUCUGUGUGAGCACAAGGAAACACAAUUCCGGUUCCCUUAUCUUUUAAGUGAAGGAACAGAUUGAAACCGUUUUCCUGUUUUCUCGUCUUAAGAAGGAUAAAGAAAGAAAACUUAGGAGAGCAGGAAAAUGUUAAAGAACAAUAUAAAUCAAGCUGUCUUGGUCACAAAGGCAUUGUCCUUCAAGACAAACAGUGCUGCUCUUGAAUGUUCCUUUUUUUUCCAACCAUACAAUUUAAUUUGUCAUCAGUUUUUAUCUUUUUCUUAAAUGAUUUUAGAGAAAUUUCUUAUAAUUCUUAUAUGUUAUUCUGGUUGUAGAAUUAGAUGUUCAAUCACUAGAGUAUGUUAGUACUGGGUAUAAAGAGUAUUACAGUAAAUGAAAAACAGAUGGACUGCACAUCUUCUCAUGAUGGAAAUGAUCUGUCAUGUUUCUCAAGUAAAACAAUGUACAGAAAGUUAAAGAAAAACUGGAACCGUAACUAAAAUUGCCUUCAGUUGAUAGCCUAUGUGAUUGUUCAUUAUCGUUAUCAUAUUUCCUGUAGGUAUGUAUGCUUUGAAUUAGCGAUUAUUGACAUUAUGGCCAUUUUAAAGUGUAUAGUGUGUUGAAUGAACAUUUUUCUUAAUGCACAAAAGUUUCUGAGAUUUAUUGGGAAGGUCUGAUAGAUGUCAGUGUUGGGCAAUCAGACUAAACAUUUCAGUAUGUGGUUCACUUGUGUGUGUUACGGUCUGGUGUUAAAAGGGUCAAAAAAUAUGUGCCUUUUUCUAUUGUUUCCACUGUUAAAAAUAUUCUUUUUGUUUUCUGUUUUGAAACUGCCAAUUUUGUAUUUGAAUAAUAAACUUCCAUAAAAUAGUUUGUGUCCUUAAUGUAAAAUAAAUUUUAGAAAAACAUAAAGUUUUAUGAC